UGAACAUACACAAUCAAAGUCACGAAUUCUUGAAGAAUAUAAGAAAUUGUUAAAUCGUCGAAUUCCUCAAAGAAUCACAAAAAAUCAUCCAAAAGGCGUCUAUACACUUGAAAUGGAAGGUGCGUUUUGUUACUUACCUUACCCACAUUUUAAAGAUUCGAUUCUAAGCAUGAUGGAUACCAUCCUUGAGAGAUAUUUCUUGCCAAGUAGAGGAUUACUUUUGUGCGGACAAUUACGUUUUCCUAUUAAAGUAUAUCCUGUACUCCCUGAUGUAGACUACGUUCAUGAAAUGACAAAGACAUUGUCCAUUGUUGCAUUUAAAUCAAAGGAAAAAUUUCUUAUAGAACCAUCUAUUCUUCGACUAUGGAUAUUUAUCGAUGAAGAAUAUGACGACAAAAAAGAGGAGGAUAAACCUUUACAAAAUCAUUCUGAAUUUUUUCCUGUAUUAGGGGAAUGUCUCAGAAAAGAAAAUCGUGUCGCGAUAGUUUGGAUGAAAGGUGAUAAUUACGCUACAAUCGAACCUCCUCCGAUUACAGAUGAUCAAGAUCCCAAUGAGCAAGGUUCAUUUAUGUACUUCACCAUAUAUAAAUCUGAAAAAGGAAAUAAUUUGUUAUCAAAAUCGUCAUCGUCAUCUUCAAUAACGCAACCACCGAAAAGCUAUGUUUCCGGAUAUAUAGAUUUACCAACGCCCGAGCAUGUUGAGAGUUUGUUAAAUAAGAUGUCGCGCUAUCUCAUAAAUUUACCUGAUGACGCUCUGAAAUUAAAGAACGUGGUUCAACAAAUGCAACAGAUUAUAGAGAUCUUUAGUUACAGACCACUCAAAGAGCAAGUUAUCGAUAGGUUACAUGAUGUCAG